AACCUGUCUCCGCUGCCAUCAGGAAACACAUCGCGGAUUUGUCCUUCUCGCUACUAUCGUAGUUUGGUUAUCGCAGUAGCCUACCCGUGGCGGAGGAGAGCGAGAAUUUGUGCUCCCCUAGACAGGUUUCCAGACACCAGCGAAACUGGACGCGGAACUGGACGGAAGGUAUAACUCCGAGAUCCCAAUAAUAAUUUGUGGACUAAACGCAAUGGCUGUCUCUGUAUAUGUUUCCAUGACACCAGAGCCAGCCUUCGGAGAGGUGAACCAGCUCGGCGGUGUUUUCGUCAACGGCAGACCGCUACCCAACGCCAUCCGGCUGCGGAUUGUAGAGCUCGCUCAGCUGGGCAUCAGACCUUGCGACAUCAGCAGACAGCUCCGGGUGUCCCACGGCUGCGUCAGCAAGAUACUGGCCCGGUACAAUGAGACCGGCUCUAUACUCCCGGGAGCGAUCGGGGGCAGUAAGCCACGGGUCACCACGCCGUCAGUGGUCAAGCACAUACGGACAUACAAGCAGAGGGACCCGGGUAUUUUCGCAUGGGAGAUCCGAGACAGGCUACUGGCUGAUGGCGUUUGUGACAAAUUUAAUCUACCAUCUGUGAGCUCCAUCAGUCGGAUCCUCCGCAACAAGAUUGGCAAUCUAUCCCAGCAGAGCCAGUAUGAGUCCAGCAAGCAGUCGUCUCACCAACCACCUCAACCAACGCUACCAUACAACCACAUAUACUCGUAUCCGACCCCCAUCGGAGCCUCUGGAACCAAAGUACCGACUCCCCCAGGCAUGCACUCCCUCCCUGGACACAUGGCUAUGCACAGGAUAUGGCCCUCAUCGCACUCGGUAACAGAUAUUCUGGGGAUUCGGUCGAUAACAGAGCAACAAAUUAGUGACAGUUCGUCCUUUCCCAGCGCCAAACUAGAAGAAUGGAGUGUUAUAAACAGAACACAUUUUCUGCCAUCAGCAAGUUCUCAACUAGUCAAUGGCGUGCAGCAUAAACCACCGCAUUCUAUAGAACCUGAAGCAAAAUGCACACAGAUGCAGAGUGGUUUUCCCACAGUGAACAGUUAUGUCACAGCGCCCAGUAUCCCGGCCUACCCCCCCCCCACCCCAGUGUCGCCUUACAUGGGGUACAGCGCCACCACGUCGGCCUAUGUGACCGGUCCCACAUGGCAGCCGCCCAGUGGCAGUGCUCUCUCUCACCACAGCUGUGACAAUAUUGCCUCCUCGCUGGCCUUCAAGGGUAUGACAGCCCACCACCGUGACACACUCCACCCCCACACCGUCAGCGCCUCAGCACUGUAGAACACAGGCAGACCGGCGAAUGGAUGGACGGAGAGACAGAGGUGGGAGAGAGAGAGGGAAGAAGAGGGGGAGAAGAACAGACAGACGGGCAGAUUGAGAGAAAAGAGGAUGACAGAAGGAGAAAUGGAGAGAUGAGUCCUCUCUUACAAUGGGUCCCGUGUCAGCUCAUCACAAACAAUCACCUCUCUGUAUUUAAAUGAAGGACCUCACCUAGGAGAAAUAUCAAUCACAACAUUCUCUUCCAUAUAACAUGAUGUGGAGAACUCAAGUUAACGCGCCGUUAAAGACAGGACAUGGAAGGAAAGGUUUCUACAGUAUCUACAGUAUCUACAGACAUGACACUGUCUGUUUGUUGUCCAGCAGACAGCUCACAGGACAGGACAGGUGUAUUGAAGGACUGACUGACUGACUGACUGGGGAUGGGGGACAUUUUGCCAUCCUCAUCAACAGCUUGUCUCUUAAACCCAUUUUUGAACACUUCUCUGCAAAUGUUAUUAGAGACAAGGGGCUAAAGCAGGCGGGUGACAAUCUAAACCAGCAGGAAAACAACGUUUUGCAUUUACGUGUUUCAGGGUGAAAUCAAUUGCCAUUAUUUUGGAUGUUUUGUAUUCUUUCUUUUUUGUUUGUGUUCUGUUUUUUAUUUUAUAAAUUCAACAGUCUCAAUAUUGAACAUUGUUUUUUCACUUCUCAACUUAAAUGUAAUGCAACGCUUCAGAGAAGUUAUCCUAAUGUUUAUUUAUUAGACUGACUAAGGUACUGCGGUUAAACAAAGUGCAGUUAUUACAUCAUAUGGGGAACGUUCCCUAAUGUUUAAGACUACAUUAUGGUAGAACAGUAAAAAGCUGCAGCUCCAAAACAUGCACAGUGAAACUGUAUCUGAAUUAAAAUAAUUGUUUGGAUUGUUACCUGUUUUCUCUGAAUUGUAGCGGUUGUUUCAGAAACCUUAGAAACUCAAGUGAAAGUAGUAUUAUAAAAAAAAACUUGUGCGUGAAAUAAUAUUCGCCAUAUGCAACAAUUCAAUUUCAUUUGACAUGAAAGAAGAACGUUGCGUAGGGAUGUCUUGGCUGGGUGGUAUACUCAGGCUACGGCUGGGUGGUAUACUCAGGCUACGGCUGGGUGGUAUACUCAGGCUACGGCUGGGUGGUAUACUCAGGCUACGGCUGGGUGGUAUACUCAGGCUACGGCUGGGUGGUAUACUCAGGCUACGGCUGGGUGGUAUACUCAGGCUACGGCUGGGUGGUAUACUCAGGCUACGGCUGGGUGGUAUACUCAGGCUACGGCUGGGUGGUAUACUCAGGCUACGGCUGGGUGGUAUACUCAGGCUACGGCUGGGUGGUAUACUCAGGCUACGGCUGGGUGGUAUACUCAGGCUAUGGCUGGGUAAAACGUUGCAAGGUUGCCUACUGGUGGUCGACAGUUUCCCAACCCAGAGAGAAUAAAUGUUUCUUAAUUCUUUCACAUUUUCCUUUUCAUGCCAUUUUGAAUCUGAAUAGGUCGGCCCAGCCGCAUUGCCUCUGAAUAGGUAGGCCCAGCCGUAUUGCCUCUGAAUAGGUAGGGCCCAGCCGUAUUGCCUCUGAAUAGGUAGGCCCAGCCGCAUUGCCUCUGAAUAGGUAGACCCAGCCGCAUUGCCUCUGAAUAGGUAGACCCAGCCGUAUUGCCUCUGAAUAGGUCGGCCCAGCCGUAUUGCCUCUGAAUAGGUCGGCCCAGCCGUAUUGCCUCUGAGUAGGUCGGCCCAGCCGUAUUGCCUCUGAAUAGGUAGACCCAGCCGCAUUGCCUCUGAAUAGGUAGACCCAGCCGUAUUGCCUCUGAAUAGGUAGACCCAGCCGUAUUGCCUCUGAAUAGGUAGGCCCAGCCGCAUUGCCUCUGAAUAGGUAAGCCCAGCCGCAUUGCCUCUGAAUAGGUAAGCCCAGCCACAUUGCCUCUGAAUAGGUAAGCCCAGCCGCAUUGCCUCUGAAUAGGUAAGCCCAGCCGCAUUGCCUCUGAAUAGGUAAGCCCAGCCACAUUGCCUCUGAAUAGGUAAGCCCAGCCGCAUUGCCUCUGAAUAGGUAAGCCCAGCCGCAUUGCCUCUGAAUAGGUAAGCCCAGCCGUAUUGCCUCUGAGUAGGUAAGCCCAGCCGCAUUGCCUCUGAAUAGGUAAGCCCAGCCGCAUUGCCUCUGAAUAGGUAAGCCCAGCCGCAUUGCCUCUGAAUAGGUAAGCCCAGCCGCAUUGCCUCUGAAUAGGUAAGCCCAGCCGUAUUGCCUCUGAAUAGGUAAGCCCAGCCGCAUUGCCUCUGAAUAGGUAAGCCCAGCCGCAUUGCCUCUGAAUAGGUAAGCUCAGCCGUAUUGCCUCUGAAUAGGUAAGCCCAGCCGUAUUGCCUCUGAAUAGGUAAGCCCAGCCGCAUUGCCUCUGAAUAGGUAAGCUCAGCCGUAUUGCCUCUGAAUAGGUAAGCCCAGCCGCAUUGCCUCUGAGUAGGUCGGCCCAGCUGCAUUGCCUCUGAAUAGGUAAGCCCAGCCGCAUUGCCUCUGAGUAGGUCGGCCCAGCCGCAUUGCCUCUGAGUAGGUCUGCCCAGCCGUAUUCCAAUUACACAUGUUGAAUUAAUUAAUUUUGACCAUGAUAACCUUCUACUCUUGUCGAUCUAUAUUAAAAUGCACAGCGUAGGUCAAUAUA